UUGAAUGUAAUGUCUAGCAAUCCACACAAAUUGCAAAAGAGAGGACUAAUGCAGUUAGCUGCUGCCAUUCGCUGUGUAACUGGUCGAUCUUCUUUGCGUUACCUUGGAUAUGGAUGCCACUGUGGGCCAGGGGGGCGAGGAGGGCCAAUAGAUGCUACUGAUCGGUGUUGCCACGAUCACGACUGUUGCUAUAAAAAAGCAAAAAAACAUCGCUGCCAACCAAAGAUUGGGGGCUACAAAUGGAGCUGUAGAGACAGGACUUUUCAGUGUCCUGCGCAGUCAGACUGGUGCAAAAGUUUUGUGUGCAACUGUGACCUGGAAUUUUCAAGAUGCAUAAGUAGAGCCCGUUUCAACUCUAUUCUUAUUAUGUAUCCUAAUGGCAGAUGUAGAAAACCCCCACUAGCAUGCCAAUAAAAGAUGUGUUUUUUGGAUAAAAUUAGGGAUGCACUGAACCCAGUUUUUCGGGGUUGGUUGAAACCCGAAUCCAUGUUAAUGGAUGCGUCCGAAUACCAAACUGAAUCCUAACUAGCAUAUGCUAAAAAAUGUUACACUUCCUUGUUUAUGUGGCGACAUUAACCCUUCCAAAUCCUAAUUAGUAUAUGCUAAUUAGGAUUUGUAUUUGGUUUGGCCAGAACCCUGCCGAAAAAGGCCGAAUCCCAAACCGAAUCCUGGAUUCAGUGCAUCCCUAGAUAAAAUACUUCCAUGUACUGAAGCACUCUCACAGUAUUGUGAUCCAUUACAGGAUGCACUGUAACACCCACAUGUACUUUGCAAGAAGGUCACUUCAAACUAUAUAGCUUGUUUUUUCUUUCCUGAUGGGAAGCUGUAAAUUGUCUCCUUUUAUGACUAAACUGCAUAAGAUUUAACUCAUACAAGGGGAGACAUCAUGUUUAGGUGGUCAUCUUCUUGUUAUGUAAAUAUGAGAUGUCAUUCCCAGGUCUGGACUGAAUUCAAAAUAGGCCCUGGCAUUCCAAGUACUCAGUACACAGGCCCAAUAUAUAGUG